AGAUGGCGGCGGCAGGGCCGCGCCGCGCCGCUGGGGCGCUGCACGCCUGCGCAUAGGCGGCGAGGAGUCGUGGCGGCCGCAGCAGGGCGAGUUUUUCUUAGUAGCCACAAUGUCUAACAAGGAGGUGAAGGCUGCAUUGAAGAGUGCUAGAGAAGCAAUAAGAAAUAAAGAUUACAAGGAGGCCUUAAAAUACUGCAAGGCAGUAUUGAAGCAAGAAAAGGCUAACUACAAUGCUUGGGUGUUUAUUGGCUUGUCGGCUGCUGAGUUAGAGCAGCCUGAUCAGGCCAAAGGAGCAUACAAGAAGGCUAUUGAAUAUGAACCAAACCAAUUACUGGCAUGGCAGGGAUUAGCAAGUCUUUAUGAGAAAUCCAACCAAACAGACUGCAGAGGAGACUUGGCAGAGGUCUACCAAAAGCUUUUGGAACUCUACAAGAGUAGAGACAAGCAGAAAUGGUGUGAUGUAUGUAACAAGCUUGCAGAACUCUAUCAUCAAGAGAAGAAAUACUUAGAGGUGGCUGAAUUAUGGCAGAAGCUCAUAGAGAUGAAACAGGAGGAAGGUGCCAAAAAGGCAGAGCUUCAUCAGCUUUGGAAGAAGAAGAUCCAGUUCCUGAAGGGCAGUAUGCAGGACCAGGAUAAUAAGACUGGGCAGUUGCUUUUGUCUGCGUUUGAGCACUCACUGAACUCUGCUGACACUGUUCCUGGUGAGGACCACCAACGUCUCUACAAGGACUUUAUUCAGUGUUUGACUAAGUUUCCUCAUGAAUCAACUAGGUUGGAAAAGGCCUGUAAGGAUAUGAUGGCUUUGUAUCCUGCUGUCACUUAUCCUUUAGAAGUACUUUGCUUGCACUUUCUUCAGUCCGGUACUUUGUCAGAAGAGACCCUGGGCUAUUUCUCUAGGCUUUUGGAGGUGGAUGCAAGCAAUGGUCUAGGCAUCAUCAGCUGUGGUAUCAAAUGCCUGCAAGAAGAGAAAUACAGGGAGGCCAUAAAGAAUCUUACUGAAGGUCUGCAGAAGACCAGCCAGUGUCCAGCAGCAUGGUAUUAUUUGGCAGAGGCAUACAUGAGAAUUCACAGACACGGGGAUGCUCUCCAGUCCUGCAAUAAAGCUCUUCAGACUCUUGGAACUGCUGAAGGUCCUACUCUUCGGUGGAAGAACCUUAUCCUGCAGUUGAAAGCAGAGGCUUUGAUUAAAACAGCUGAUGCUGAUGCUGCAGAAGAAGCCAUUAAAGCACUUGAGCAGAUUGAGGAUGCAAGCAGCAAUCCAGUGGUUUUAGCUGUCAGGGGUCAGGCUUACCUAAAGAAAGGUUUAAUGGAUGAAGCUUCAAAGAUUUCACAGGAGCUUCUGUUGUCCCACCCUGAUCUGGCUGAGUCCCAUGCUCUAGAGGGUUUCAUCCAUUACUCCCAAAAGAACUAUGAACAGGCAGAAAAAAGUUUUCUGAAUGCUAUUGAAAGAAAUGCUGAAAGUGCAGUGUACCACGAGCAGCUGGGGCUCACAUACUGGUUCAUGAGCGAUGAGACAAGAAGAGACAAAGGAAAAGCCCUCACUCAGUUCUUGAAGGCUGCAAAAUUGGACAGCAACUUGGGCAGUGCCUUUCGUUACAUGGGCAACUACUACAGAGAUGUGGCUGAGGACAAAAAUAGAGCUCGUGGUUGCUAUAAGAAGGCUUUUGAGCUGGAUGGAGCUGAUGAAGAGUCUGGAACAGCAGCUGUAGACCUAAGCAUGGAACUUGAUGACAUGGACACUGCUCUGUCAGUCCUGAAUGAGGUGACUGCAAAAGUAGGCACUGGUGCAGCCAAAUGGGCCUGGCUUCGUCGUGGGCUUUACUACCUGAGAAUUGAUCAGCCAUUCAAAGCAGUAUCUGAUUUGCAGACAGCACUCAGGGCUGAUCCAAAGGAUGCCAACUGCUGGGAGUGCCUAGGGGAGGCUUACUUGAGCAGAGGUAGCUACAUGACAGCUUUGAAAUCCUUCAGGAAAGCCACUGAACUGAACCCAGAGCUCACAUACAGCUUUUAUCAAGCUGCUGCAAUUGAACAGGUGCUAGGCAAAUAUGAGAGUGCUAUAGCUGCCUAUCAACAGAUCCUGAAGAAGACAGAAGACUAUGUGCCUGCACUGAAAGGACUUGGUGAGUGCCAUCUCACCUUGGCAAAAUCAGCCCUGGAGAACUAUUUUGAUAGGAAAGCCAUGGGCUACAUAGAGCAAGCUCUUGAAUUUUUCACCAGGGCAGCAAAGCACCGUCCUGAUGUCUCUUGCAUCUGGAAACUGCUUGGAGAUACCUGCACUAGUGUACAUGUCAUCUCACCAACCACAGCCAGUGUCCAAGUCCCAGCAUCCCUUCUGGGUCAAAAUGAGGGCAAAGAGGUGCUGAAGAAAAGUGAGCUGCUCAGUCUGGGAGGAAGGUGUUACAGCAAAGCCUUGAAACUGAUGCAUUUGCCCAGCAUUUGGUGUGACCUGGGGAUAAAUUACUAUCGACAGGCAGAGCACCUCACAGCAGUGGGCACUGCCACAAGUGAGACCAGUGAACUGCUGGAGAAGUCCUUACAGUGCCUCAAAAAAGCUGUGAGGCUUGACAGCAAAAACCAUCUGCAUUGGAAUGCGCUCGGUGUAGUUGCUUCCUGUAGUGCUAUUGGGAAUUAUGCUCUGGCCCAACAUUGCUUCAUCAAAUCUAUCCAAGCUGAGAAAAUUAAUGUUGUUGCCUGGACUAACUUAGGGGUUCUCUAUCUGACAACUGGACAUAUUGAGCAAGCUCACGAAGCCUUCAAGACAGCCCAGGCUCUGGAGCCUUCCUACUUACUGUGUUGGCUUGGGCAGGCUCUCAUUGCAGAGAAAGUGGGCAGCUUUGACACUAUGGAUCUCUUCAGGCACACCACUGAACUCUGCAUGCAUGAUGAGGGAGCAAAAGGCUAUGGCCACUGGGUGUGCUCGACACUGCAGGACAAAAGCAACAGAAACACUGAGGUAUAUCAGUACAACAUUGUCGAGAUGAAUGCUAUCCCAACAGCACAGGUGGUCCUGACCAAAUACACGGAGAGAAACCCAGAUGAUGCCUCUGCUUUCACAAUGCUUGGGUAUUUGGAUGAUUAUUUGCAUCUGAAGAAGCAAGCAGCAGAAGCCUAUGGGAGGGCAGCUUCACUGCUGAAAAACUCUGAGGACACUGAGGAAUACAAGAUAGCAAUGCAAAACUAUGGCAGGUCCCUGUGUGCCCUUGGCCAGUGUGACAAGGCCAUUGAGGUUUACACAUCCAUACCCCUCACUGAGUUUGAUGGCCUUGUGGGAUUAGCCUUGGCCUACUUCAAGAAGGGUCUGCUAGAAGAAAGCAUCAAAGUCUAUGAACAGGCCCUGUCUGUUGCUGAGUCUGAGAAGGAUAAAGCCCAUGUCCUGACUGCCAUGGCCAUAGCAGAAUACAAGCAGAACAAAGUGGAUGCUGCACAGACCCUGCUAUUCAAAUGCUCAUUGAAAGAACCCUGUUUGGAAAGUCUGAAGGCUCUGUGCACACUGGGUCUGAUGAAGAAGGAUGUCACACUGGCAUCAGCAGCCCUGAAAGAGCUCAGGAAGCAUGAGAAAUGGGAUGGGAGCCUGUAUGAGAGGUGCCUCAUAACAUCUGCUCUCUGUGCUAUGCAGGGCAGGAACACAGAAGUACAGAGAGAAAUUUGCAAAGCAAUACACUGCAAACCUGAUGAUCCUGCUCUCUGGUCUCUGCUGUCUCAGCUGGUUCCUUUCUAUGCACCACGAAAGGCCAAGGCAGGAGCUGUGGCGGGAAACAUUGCCCAAGUACUUGAUGUAAACCGUGGAAAGGAAGCCCUGGUGGACAUUGCAGUGAACCAGCUGGCUGCAGGGUGUCACAUGUCAGAAGAUAAGCAGAACAACCCUCUGAAGAACAUUCAGAAGGCCAUCCACCUCUCUCCAGGUAACCCUGCGGCCUGGGCAGUGCUGAUGGCAGCCUGCCACGCUGAGAACACCACUGCCCGCCUGAGCUGUGCUCGGCCACCGCGCACUGGUCUGGAGAUGACUCUGCUAGCUGCAGUCUCAGCCCAAACUGCAGAAGGAGACCUUCCACAGAGUUACAUCCAGACUCUUGAAGACUGGUGUCUGUGCCAAGCUGUUACCAGUCUGGAGGAGACUGGUGAACUUUCAGCAGCUGAAGCUCUGUGUAACAAGGGUUUAAAAAGCCGCCCUGAGCACCCAGCUCUGCUUUUGCUGUUGAGACAAGUUCAGUGCAAGCAGCUGCUGCAGACUCACAGGGAACUUCCAGACAGCAUCCUGCAGGAGCUCCACAAGACAGUCAUGACCACUUCAACUUCGGUUGCAGCCUGGCAAUGGCUGGCAGAAACGUACCAGUCCCAAAGGAUGAUGAUUGGAGCAGAGAUGUGCUACAGGAAGAGUCUGCAGCUGGCAUCACAGCAGGGCAGCUGGCAUGGGAAGUUGUCCAGCCUGCUCAGGCUGGCUAUGCUGGCCCUGGAAGUCUGCAUGGCUAACGUCUCAGGUGACCACUGGCCAGCCUUGGCACAGGAGGCAACAGCUGAGGCUCUGAAGCUCUCUCCUUGCCCCCUGGCAUCUCUCCUGCAGGCACUACUGCAGUAUCAGCGCAACAUGGCAGCAAGGGAGACUCGCCGGAUGUUGGACAGAGUGGUACACCAGCCAGGGAAUCCAGAGAGCAUCGUGUCAGUGGCACGCUGGUACCUGCUGCACCAUCUGCAUGCCAAAGAAGAUCCUGAAUUCAUAGAUGUGCUCAUAGACAAUGCCAAAGCCAAUGGAGACGUGCGACUGCUGGAGCUGCACGAGAAGCUGUCAGCAAGCACCUAGCCGUGGAGCAUCUGCAGUGAGAAACCUUCCCGUGGGGGCAGCUUGAGCAGUCCCUGCUCAGCAGCCUGGGAGAUUUGGGGAUUCUUUCUUUAUUAUUGUCUGCUUUUGUCAGUUGCAACUUCUGUCCUCAGUUUUAAUUUCUUAGGGAAGCAAAGUGUAUUCUCCUGCUGUCAGUGUGGGCUACACCAGGAAAAUAAACUUUAUUUUAAAGGAA